AGGAUUCCUUCACCUGUAAGAAAUACCUUUAUCAAUCUAUCCAAACAAAUAACAACACCCCCACUACUUUUAUGCUUCUAUGUUUUCAAAUCAAUCACCCAGAAAAAUACAAAUAAAAAAGGGUUAAAAAGAAAGGCAGAGUAAUAAAGUGUAGAAUCGUGGCUAGCACAGAUUAGUGUSGUCUCUUCCUCCGGAAGCUUUCUCAGACACCAUUAUAAAUUAAACACCCUCUUCUUCAUUCCCACCAAUCCAUCCCAUAUUCCCAUUCAUGGCCAGUCAGCUCAAAGUUGAUGAACUCAGAGAUGCCCUCUCCAAAAGAGGGCUUAGCACAACCGGUAUCAAACCCACUCUGGUGAAAAGGCUUGAAUCUGCUAUUCGCAAAGAGACACUGACAAUCCCUUCAGGGGAUUCAAGCAAUAGAUUAGAAAAGAGAGAGAGGGAAAAUUCCGAAGAUGGGGAUUUUGAUUGCAAAAUCAGGGCCAUCGACGACUUAAGGAAUUUGAGUAUUAAGCAGUUGCGCCAACAAGCCUCUCUUCGUGGGGUUUUGACUAGUGGCUCAAAGAAACAACUCCUAGAGAGGCUGUGCCAAGAUUCCCAAACCAACAUUGUGGAAGGGAUUGAAGAGGAGGAAGAUACAAACGGGAGCAAGCAGGAGCAGCUGGUUACUGCUACAAAKAAAUGUUUAGCUGUAUUGGAUCCAUGGAUAUCAGAUCAUGUUAAGUCUAAUUACCAUGUGUUGCAACAGGGUAAUGAAAUUUAUGAUGCCACAUUAAAUCAGACAAAUGUUGGGGAGAACAAUAACAAGUUCUUUAUCAUACAAGCACUAGAGUCCGACGACGGUUCUACAUUUAUGGUUUACAAUAGAUGGGGUAGGGUUGGUGUGAAGGGUCAAAAUAAGCUGCAUGGUCCCUACACUUGCGCACAGUCUGCGUUAGAUGAGUUUGAACAGAAGUUCUAUGCCAAGACCAAGAACCAUUGGUUGGCGCGCAAAGAGUUUGUUUCUCACCCUGGCUCUUAUACUUGGUUAGAAAUGGACUACAAUGAAGCAGAGAAAGAAACUGCUGUCCAGGAAAAGCCCAGCAGUAAAAUGGAAAUUCAACCUCGAGAAACAAAACUAGAAGCACGAGUUGCAAAGUUCAUCUCUCUUAUUUGCAAUGUCAGUAUGAUGAAGCAACAAAUGAUGGAAAUAGGCUACAAUGCUGAAAAGUUGCCACUUGGCAAGCUAAGCAGAGCUACAAUUUCCAAGGGCUAUGAGGUUUUGAAGAAAGUUGCUGAUGUGAUUGGUCAAUAUGAUAGAAAAAAGCUUGAGCAGUUAAGUGGAGAAUUUUACACCGUUAUUCCCCAUGAUUUUGGUUUUAAAAAGAUGCGUGAGUUCGUAAUUGAUACCCCUCAAAAGUUAAAAYGCAAGCUGGAAAUGGUUGAAGCCCUUGGUGAAAUUGAGGUUGCAACAAAGUUGCUGGAGGACAUUGCUGGAAUGCAGGAAGAUCCAUUGCUUUCACAUUAUAAACGUCUUAAUUGUGAACUGACACCAGUAGAWGUUGAUUCCAAAGAAUUUCACAUGAUCACGAAGUAUAUGAAGAACACUCAUGCAAAGACACAUUCAAAUUAUAGCGUUGAAAUUGUUCAGAUUUUUAGAACCUCAAGGCAUGGAGAAGAUGAUCGUUUCAGGAAGUUCUCUGAUACGAAAAAUAGGAUGCUUUUGUGGCAUGGUUCUCGGUUAACAAAUUGGACUGGMAUCUUGUCUCAAGGUUUGCGGAUUGCUCCUCCAGAAGCACCUGUAACAGGGUACAUGUUUGGGAAAGGUGUUUAUUUUGCUGACAUGUUUUCAAAAAGUGCAAAUUAUUGCUGUGCGACUAMACAAACUUCAACUGGUGUGCUGCUUUUGUGUGAGGUGGCGCUUGGGGAGGUGGCUGAGCUACUAACAGCWGACUAUAAUGCUGACAAGUUGCCACAGGGAAAGCUGAGUACGAAGGGAGUCGGGGCUUCUGCUCCAGAUAUGUCGGAGAGUGAGACACUUGAGGAUGGUGUUGUUGUUCCCCUAGGACAUCCAAAACAGCAACUGAAGUCAAAGGAGAGUAGUUUACKGUACAACGAGUAUAUUGCGUACAAUGUGGAUCAGAUCAGGAUGCGUUAUGUUGUUCAUGUUAGUUUCAAUUUCRACAGAUAAAAUCAAACCAUAGCAGCUGCUGCUUUGUUCAGUGGUGGUUGAGGAGCAGAUGGUUGGUGUUUUGGUGUAAAUGUAAUGAAUGACGAAUGCAAUUUGCAAAGCAACAUAUAUGUGUUUCCAACUUGUAUUCAAUUAAAACAAAUUCAGCCAUUACAUAA